AUGGAACCGCAACACGGUGUUGAUCGUCAAACGCCGAAGGCGAUCUUCAACACAGCCAACUUCGAUCAUCAGCGACGCGACCGUGGCCAAGAUUCCCUCAAGGACCAGCGCGCGAACGGAACCGUCACUUUCUGGUCUCGAGCGCGGACUUCGAUCAUCAGCGACGGUGGCCAAGAUUCCCUCAAGGACCAGCGCGCGAACGGAACCGUCACUUUCUGGUCUCGAGCGCGGACUUCGAUCAUCAGCGACGGUGGCCAAGAUUCCCUCAAUGACCAGCGCGCGAACGGAACAGUCACUCCCUGGUCUCGAGUGCGGACUUCAAUUAUCAGCGACCGUGGCCAGGAUUCUCUCGAGGACCACCACGACAAUUCUGCACGUGAAUCUACAAGGUCAGCAUGGAACCGCAACACGGUGUUGAUCGUCAAACGCCGAAGGCGAUCUUCAACACAGCCAACUUCGAUCAUCAGCGACGGUGGCCAAGAUUCCCUCAAGGACCAGCGCGCGAACGGAACCGUCACUUUCUGGUCUCGAGCGCGGACUUCGAUCAUCAGCGACCGUGGCCAAGAUUCCCUCAAGGACCAGCGCGCGAACGGAACCGUCACUUUCUGGUCUCGAGCGCGGACUUCGAUCAUCAGCGACGGUGGCCAAGAUUCCCUCAAGGACCAGCGCGCGAACGGAACCGUCACUUUCUGGUCUCGAGCGCGGACUUCGAUCAUCAGCGACCGUGGCCAAGAUUCCCUCAAGGACCAGCGCGCGAACGGAACCGUCACUUUCUGGUCUCGAGCGCGGACUUCGAUCAUCAGCGACGGUGGCCAAGAUUCCCUCAAGGACCAGCGCGCGAACGGAACCGUCACUUUCUGGUCUCGAGCGCGGACUUCGAUCAUCAGCGACCGUGGCCAAGAUUCCCUCAAGGACCAGCGCGCGAACGGAACCGUCACUUUCUGGUCUCGAGCGCGGACUUCGAUCAUCAGCGACGGUGGCCAAGAUUCCCUCAAGGACCAGCGCGCGAACGGAACCGUCACUUUCUGGUCUCGAGCGCGGACUUCGAUCAUCAGCGACCGUGGCCAAGAUUCCCUCAAGGACCAGCGCGCGAACGGAACCGUCACUUUCUGGUCUCGAGCGCGGACUUCGAUCAUCAGCGACGGUGGCCAAGAUUCCCUCAAGGACCAGCGCGCGAACGGAACCGUCACUUUCUGGUCUCGAGCGCGGACUUCGAUCAUCAGCGACCGUGGCCAAGAUUCCCUCAAGGACCAGCGCGCGAACGGAACCGUCACUUUCUGGUCUCGAGCGCGGACUUCGAUCAUCAGCGACGGUGGCCAAGAUUCCCUCAAGGACCAGCGCGCGAACGGAACCGUCACUUUCUGGUCUCGAGCGCGGACUUCGAUCAUCAGCGACCGUGGCCAAGAUUCCCUCAAUGACCAGCGCGCGAACGGAACAGUCACUCCCUGGUCUCGAGUGCGGACUUCAAUUAUCAGCGACCGUGGCCAGGAUUCUCUCGAGGACCACCACGACAAUUCUGCACAUGGUUCGGAAUGUUUGAUAAGAAGCAAAUGAAUCUACAAGGUCAGCAUGGAACCGCAACACGGUGUUGAUCGUCAAACGCCGAAGGCGAUCUUCAACACAGCCAACUUCGAUCAUCAGCGACCGUGGCCAAGAUUCCCUGAAGGCCCAGCACGAGUAACGGAACCGUCCAUGGGCGUGUCCAGCCCGUGUAACGGAACCGUCACUUCCUGGUCUCGAGCGCGGACUUCGAUCAUCAGCAACCGUGGCCAAGAUUCCUUCGAGGACCAGCGCGCGAACGAAACCGUUACUUUCUGGUCUCGAGCGCGGACUUCGAUCAUCAGCGACCGCGGCCAAGAUUCCCUCAAGGACCAGCGCGCGAACGGAACCGUCACUUCCUGGUCUCGAGCGCCGACUUCGAUCAUCAGUGACCGUGAGCGCUGGAGCCAUGAGGCCAUCACUUGUUUUAGCAGUAAAAUACCUUAUUGUUAUAAAAUAAUGUUGAAUUAAAUCG